AGAGAGGCGAUGGGGCGUGGCCUCACUCAGGCCACACCCAGACUUGACCCAGGCACCGGAUAAACUUCCAGAUCAACGGUGGGGAGCUGGAAACCCGAUCCACAGACGCCGACUAUGGCAAUGACCCUGGGUUACUGGGACAUCCGCGGGCUGGCCCAUGCCAUCCGCCUGCUCCUGGAGUACACAGAAUCAAACUAUGAGGAAAAGAAGUACACGAUGGGGGACGCUCCCGACUAUGACAGAAGCCAGUGGCUGAAUGAAAAAUUCAAGCUGGGCCUGGACUUCCCCAAUUUGCCCUACUUAAUUGAUGGAGCUCACAAGCUCACCCAGAGCAAGGCCAUCCUUCGCUACAUUGCUCGCAAGCACAACAUGUGUGGGGAGACAGAGGAGGAGAAGAUUCGCAUGGAUGUAUUGGAGAACCAGGCUAUGGACACUGCUAAUGAGUUGGCUAUACUCUGCUACAACCCUGAAUUUGAGAAACUAAAGUCUCAAUACUUGAAGGAGAUCCCUGGAAAGAUGAAGCUCUACUCAGAGUUUCUGGGGAGGAGGCCUUGGUUUGCAGGGGACAAGCUCACCUAUGUGGAUUUCCUGGUUUAUGACGUUCUUGACAUUCACCGCAUAUUUGAGCCCAAGUGCCUGGAUGAAUUCCCAAACCUGAAAGACUUCGUUUCUCAUUUUGAGGGCCUGAAGAGGAUCUCUGCCUACAUGAAGUCCAGCCGCUUCCUCCCACAACCUGUGUAUUCGAAGGUGGCCGUGUGGGGCAGCAAGUAGUGCUCUGGACGGCAGGAGAUGGAGCGAGGAGCCAGUGCUGUGUGUGGAGAGCAGCGGGAGCUUCCUGCACCCCAGGACCAGAUGUCUUGUUUUCUCCUUCUUUCUUUCUGUUUGUCCCCACUCAGGCCUUAUUUGACCCCAACUCUUUCCCAACCCCAUUCAUCCAGGAUCUCUAAGCUCUACAGCACCCCACUCUUCUUCAGUGAAGUCACCCCCUGACAUUAUCCUUUCCGCUCUAAAGCCAGCCAGAUCAUCCUUCCUUUCCAUGUGUUUUUCUCCCUUCUGUGAGUAGCCUGACCAGACCCCUGGCUUGGAGAGCCCAGGCCUGAGCCCCCAGCACUGCCCUGAAGAGCCUCGUGUUCAGGCCUUGCUCUCCCGGCGUGGGCCCUGCCCAGCCCUGCUGAUCACCAAUAAAGCCUUAACCACGCCUG